ACCCCUCCCCGAGGCCCCGCCCCACCCGCGAGACGCGCCAGCGGCCCCACCGCUGAGGGGGCGGGGGCCCGGGGACCCGGGACCCGGGCAGCUCGGCCUGACCUCCACCUCGCCGCGCGGGGCGGACAGGCGCAGGCUCGGGCCGCGAGCCCCUCCCUCCACCUCUUCCCGCCCCCAGCGCCCCGCGCGGGCUGCGCUAGGUGGCGUCGGCGGGGCCCCCGCAGGCGGCCAUGGCGGCAGGCGCCGGGGCCAAGCCCGCGCCGCGGUGGCUGAGGGCGCUGGGCGAGCCGCUGAGCGCCGCGCAGCUGCGGCGGCUGGAGGAGCACCGCUACAGCGCGGCUGGCGUCUCGCUGCUGGAGCCGCCGCUGCAGCUCUACUGGACCUGGCUGCUCCAGUGGAUCCCGCUCUGGAUGGCCCCCAACUCCAUCACCCUGCUCGGGCUCGCCGUUAACAUGCUCACCACGCUCGUGCUCAUCUCCUACUGCCCCACGGCCACCGAGGAGGCACCAUACUGGGCAUACCUUUUAUGUGCACUGGGACUUUUUAUCUACCAGUCACUGGAUGCUAUUGAUGGAAAACAAGCCAGAAGAACAAAUUCUUGUUCUCCUUUAGGGGAACUCUUUGACCAUGGUUGUGACUCUCUUUCCACAGUAUUUAUGGCAGUGGGAGCUUCAAUUGCUGCUCGCUUAGGAACUCAUCCUGACUGGUUGUUUUUCUGCUCUUUUAUUGGGAUGUUUGUGUUUUAUUGUGCUCAUUGGCAGACUUAUGUUUCAGGCGUGUUGAGAUUUGGAAAAGUGGAUGUAACUGAAAUUCAGAUAGCUUUAGUGAUUGUCUUUGUGUUAUCUGCAUUUGGAGGAGCAACAAUGUGGGACUAUACGGGCACCAGUGUCUUGUCACCUGGACUCCACAUAGGACUAAUUAUUAUAUUGGCAAUAAUGAUCUAUAAAAAGUCAGCAACUGAUGUGUUUGAAAAACAUCCUUGUCUUUAUACCCUAAUGUUUGGAUGUGUUUUUGCUAAAGUCUCACAAAAAUUAGUGAUAGCUCACAUGACCAAAAGUGAACUGCACCUUCAAGACACUGUCUUUUUGGGGCCAGGUCUUUUGUUUUUAGACCAGUACUUCAAUAAUUUUAUAGACGAAUAUGUUGUUCUGUGGAUAGCAAUGGUCAUUUCUUCAUUUGAUAUGGUGAUAUACUUUAGUGCUUUGUGCCUGCAAAUUUCAAGACACCUUCAUCUAAAUAUAUUCAAGACUGCAUGUCAUCAAGCUCCUGAACAGGUUCAAGUUCUUUCUUCAAAGAGUCAUCAGAAUAACAUGGAUUGAAGAGACUUCCGAACACUUGCUAUCUCUUGCUGCUGCUGUUUCAUGGAAGGAGAUAUUAAACAUUUGUUUAAUUUUUAGUUAAGUAUUAUACCUAUUUCAGCAAAUAAAAUAUUUCAUUGCUUAUAUUAAUCCUUAUUUUUUCAAUUUCAAUAUGAUCACUUACAGUUUCCAUCAUAAUUUUUUUCUGCAACAUAGCCAUUUCUUUUUUAAAUUCAUUUUGUGCACCAGUAAGUAGAUUAUCAUGAUUCUUCUCCAACUCUUCCAUACUCUAAAAUCACAAAAGACUAGUUAAGCUACAAAGAACCACUUUUUAUCUCAGGUUCUAAACUUGUCCAAUUAAUUUUCAAAAGUAGUAAUUUAAAAAUGUUCAAAUGCUUAUUACUUAUUUGAAAUAAAAAAUAUUCUAACACAUGAAUACCAAAAUACCUACUAUAAAGGAAAAAAAAAAAAUCAGUCGUGAAUAAAAUAUUAUGAGAAGUACAAUAUAGUAUAUUUUGCCCAAAAUGGGUUUCAUGAACUGUUAAGGUCAAGAUAAAAAAGACUGGAAGUCCCAUAUCAGUAAACACCAUUGCUAUUAAGCUUUCCAAAUAUCAAGUAAUAAUGUACUUAUGACUAACAGUGUGCCAUUAAUUCACUAGAGGGAAUAAAAUAAUUUGUAGUACUACCUCUUUCAAGUUGUAAAAAAUAAAAAUUAUGUUUUACA